AUGUAUACUCAAUUCAUUCACUGUGAGGUUAUUGACCAGCAGUGUGUGAAUUGCUUCUUCUUUACUGCAGUCUAUGAGUUACAUACCAUAGAUGAUAGGAAAUCUUUGUUGUAUGACUUAGGUGAUAUUAGUUCUGCAGUUGACAAUUCUCCUUGGUUGAUUUCUGGUGAUUUUAAUGCAAUCAUGGGACUGCGGGAUAAAGUAAAUGGUGGUAUUGUAACUUUGGCUAAAAUUAAAGAUUUCUCUGAAUUUGUGGAUUCCUACCAGUUUUAUGAGUUACAGAGUAAAGGACACUUCUAUUCAUGGCAUAAAGGGGGAGAUAUCACUAAAACUGCUAGUAGAAUUGACAGAUGUCUUGAACCACAUGUUGGGGGCAGGCCUUUCAGGUUUCUAAACUACUUAGUUGAUCAUGAUGAUUUCUUGCCUUCUGUGGAGCAUUGUUCAGGUUCUGUUAUGUUACUUGUGUGGGAAAAGUUGAAGCUGGUUAAACUGAAACUAAAGACUCUUCAUAAGCUGGAAUUUCAAGGCAUUUCAAGCAAGAUAGACCAAGCUAGGCUGCAACUUGAUUCUAUCCAAAAUCAACUUCAGCAGAACCACUCUGAUAGCUUCCUGUUGAGUCAGGAGCACAUUUGUUCUGCAGAAUUGAGGAAACGGUUGAGAAUUGAAGAAGUAGCUUUGAGACAGAAAUCUAGGCUUCAAUGGUUAAAAGUGGGUGAUUCUAACAGUAGAUUCUUCUUUGCUGCAGUCAAGGAGAGGAAUAGAGUUAACAGGAUUACUGAACUAAUUGAUGAUAACAGUAAUAAGCUAGUAAAGCCUGCUGAUAUUCAAGGUGAGGUUUUGAAGUUCUAUGGGUAG